ACCCUGCUUUCUGCAUGAAUCUGACUCUGGGUGAUGGAGGUCUUGGGCUUUAGGGGGUGAUUUAAUCUGUCAGUGACUGUCCCGUUUUCUUCCCUGCAGGUAGGCAGGAGCCCCCCGUGGCCGAGUGAGGCAGCAUGGCAAUGUUCUUGGGGGCCAGGAAUGCCCACUCGGUCCUGAAACGCUUUCCCAGAGCCAAUGGCUUCCUGGAGGAGAUCCGUCAGGGCACCAUCGAGCGGGAGUGCAUCGAGGAGGUCUGCAGCUAUGAGGAGGUCAAGGAGGUGUUUGAGAACAAGGAGAAGACGAUGGAGUUUUGGAAGGGCUACACCAACUCCGUCUACUCUGUCAAGGACCCUGGGCACAGCACGGAGCGCUCUGACGCCAUGUAUGUGGUGGUGCCCCUGCUGGGAGUGGCCCUUCUGAUAGUCAUCGCCCUCUUCAUCAUCUGGAGGUGCCAGCUUCAAAAGGCCACCCGCCACCGCCCUUCCUAUGCCCAGAACCGGUACCUGGCCAGCCGGACGGGACGCAGCCUGCCCAGGGUCAUGGUGUACCGGGAGCGCUCCCAGAGCCAGGGGGAAACCCAGUACCAGCGGGAAGCCAGCAACCGGGGGGCUGGAGACGGCAGAGCUGGGGGCACCCCCCCCCAGCAAGACAACACCCUCUGCCUGCCAGAGCACUCGGUCUCCAUCCUCUCCAGACUGUCCAGUGCCACCCCCCCGCCUUCCUACGAGGAGGUGACGGGCCACCCGGAGAGCAGCAGUGGGGAGGAGACCAGCGUCUCCUACAAUGACCCGCCGCCCAAGUACGAAGAGAUCGUGGCCACUGCCCCUGCCACGGGCAAAUAGCGGGUCUGCCUCCCUCCUGCCUCUUCACACACUCACACCCACCCACCCGCCCUCCCUUCGCCGUGCCUGGGACCCCUCCCGGUGUCUGUCGGGCCCCCGCCUCACCUGUACAAGCUGGUGCCAUCACACAAUAGCCUUACCCUCCUAACCAAAAAUAGCUGUCCCCAGGUGGGGUGAGGCUGGGCUGUGGGGGUGGCUCUGGAACCAGCCAGCCAUCUCCUGCCCCUCACUCCCCACUCACGUAAGUGCUGUAGCAGCCAGAGCCGAGCAGCAGCUUGUUCCUGGCUCAACGCGGGGGUCUCCCCAUGGUGCAUUUGAUUCCCUCACUUCCCCCUCGAGUAGACAUAACAUUUCCCAUGAUUAGAACAGCCUCGCUGCCUCCCUGGGCUGCUGCCCAGCCUUGCCCCAUGUCCCCACUGGGCUCUGUUCUGCUCAGGGCUCUGAUAAGGAGUUGGGGAUGCAGGAUUGGUGUGGCAAACCUCUGUCCAUCCUCACAGUUGGUGUCCACGCUCUCUGUUUGGGGAGAUGGUUCUUCCCCUGUGUGGAUUUGUUGCCAAGUGGGAGUGGGGAGCCCCGUCCAUACUCUGGUGCCUGUAGCAAUAUUUGCUGUCUGGAGAUCAGGGAGGAGCAGUAAGGAAGGUGUUCUCCUAGAUCCCUUUGAAAAGGGGAAAGGCUCACGGUGGUCUUGUACCUGAGGUAAGUGGCUUUGGAGCAGCAGAGUCUUUUCCUGAUGCUCUCUGCUUUCCCCCUCUGGCUUGCUGGGCAGCUGGAGGUCUGGCUGUGGCAGAGCUGGCCAAGAGGGUCAUCUCUGAUCCCAAGCCAAACAUGGUCCCACGGCUUUAAGUGGUGAGGAUGCUCCUUUCUCCUGGAGCGUGGCCUGCCUGGUGUCUGCCCCAGAGGUGGGAUUCUGGCACAGGGAGCCUGCGGACAGGCCAAACCUCCCCUCUCCCUCCCCCAGUCCGCCCUGCCUGACCCCUCUCUUUGGGGUGCUUUCUCCUUCAGAUCAGGUAAAGGGGAAUGUGAGUACCCACUCUCCUGGCUCCUCUGGUGGGCAGAGUGCUCGGUGCCCAGGGCUGUGGAUGGGGGGCUUGCUGACAGGGAUGGGAGCCAUGAGACCAUGCCUCAACCUGGCCAUGCCAGGCAGGAGCAGGGCCAAGCCCUGCCUGGGUGAUUGUGGAGCCAGGGCAAGGCAGAGCUGGGUGCUUUGCUGUGGGACCAGAGUAUCCCUUUUUGCUGGGCAGCUGCCUUUGGGGUCCAAACAACGGGGCUGUCCUUUCCCAGUCAUGUCUGAUGGAUUAAAAUGGGGGUUGUGCUCACCAACUCCCCAGAAACUUCCAGCACUGCCACCACUCGGUGUUCACCCCAGCACCAGUCUCUCCACCAGCACCAAAAGGCUAUUGUCCAUCCAUUGCAGGUGGCCUGCAUACUGCUCGGUCCCAGUGAUGCUCUCGCAGCAGGUGCCCUCAGCCCAGAGCUGAGACUUGCCCAGCAUGGCUUUCCUGGGGCAGGACAUGCUGGCACCUUGUCUGUCCCCUCCCCAGCCUUAGCAAAUCAAGGUUAUGGGGAGACCAGAGCCUGUAAAAGACCGGAGGGAGACAGCAGGGCUCUCUGCAUCCUCUGUCUUUGAUGCUCAGUCAUUAUCCCUGCAGUUUGUACUCUGUAAAACUUGGUAUAUUUCUGUGCAAA